GAGGCAAAACAAAAAUUCAAGAAAAGCAACUGUAGAUCAUCUUCCUGAUAGUAGUAAUGAGGGCUUCAGUCGAACAACUUGAGGUUCAUCACAAGGCACAUGCAUUUACCCUAUCAGCGCAUAACGGAAAGAAACGAGUCCGCUUCUCAAAAUGUUAAUUCUGAAGUUGGAAAUGCUCCACUUCAUAUAUUGUUUCCAUCGUCUUACUUCAGACAAGCAUAUGCUUCCCAAGGAUAGUAGAUUACUUCCUUUCCAGUCGCAGCGUUUAGUUUAAAAAGGGAAAAGGAAGUAAAUAUAAUCGCCGAUAGGUCAGAGAAUCGUAGUAUGCAGGGCACAAACCAUGGUGAUUUAGAAUCUAAAAGGUACUGAAUGUUCUACACCGUAUCCGUGCCGUGAUCCUUUGUAUUUUGGCGUCUGAAUUACCUUCCCCGUGUUACAUAGCGGUUACACCCUUCAAUUUUGAAACCAUGCAAAACCUUAGGCUGAAUCUUCUCACGAAAAAUCUGUUUCUAGAGAUGUACGGAUCCACAAUAAUCCCCACAAGUUCUCUGCUCUUAUGGGCAUAUUUUGAAAAUCCAGAUGGAGAAGCCAUUCGCUUGAUUCUCAUUUUACGGUUCAGAAAAGUAGAUAAUCCACAAAGAACGUAUGUAUACUUUACGUCGUUAGAACCACAUUUCGAUUAGAUAUCUCCCGCAAAGAUGAUUAAUGAGGCCAUUGAUAUUAAAAGUGACUUGCUGUUUUACCCUAUGUAAUUAGACCAAAGGUCUGUAAAGGUUUAGCUUUCUGAUCAGAAGAGACUGCCGGUAACGCGUUUGAGAAAAAACGACAACUGACGGGUAAACCUGGAAAUCUGAGUCAGAAGUGAAGCGAGAGACAGCUGAUUUUUUCUUUUCUAGGUAACCUGUUUGUAGAAAUCUGUCACAGUGAUAUCAGACGGGAGAUUGUUAUUUUCCUGGCUGUUUGCCCCGCAGUAAUUUGCCAAGUUUUGUUUUCGUAUUUGAAAAUAAUACAUCGUCUUGUAGAUCACUUACCUUACCUCGGCAGUACACGAUUAAAUGUAAGGAAAAUAAUUUAGUCUUUAGAAAAACCCUAUUCUUCAUUUCGUGCUUUCCUGAAGACACAUUUCAUUUGUGUAUCGUGCAAAUAACUUCGUUUAGGUAUUAUUUCAGUGGUUCAACAGUGGCAAUUUACGCCACGACAAAAUGGCCAUCAAACUAACACAAUUGGUCUAUUAUGUCAACACUUUGUAUGAACAAUUAUGACUUCAUUUAAGCCUUUCGACACACCGGAAGUGAGACGAUUGGUCGAUGGAAACGACAGAAACCAAAGAUACACAUAGCUUUUGCUAAUUAGUCCCAAGAGUGUACAAAAAAUAUGAAAUCGAACACGUUCUACGAUGUAACUUUCCAAAUGAUGCUUUUUGAGGCGUCUUCUGUUGAGUGGAAGCGAACAGACAAGGACCGUGGAGAAUCAAACGUAAAAAUUGGUAAAACAGCUUCAACUGGACGGUUUAAUUGAGCCUCGACGCAGAUUAUUGAAUCAUGCAGCAGGCAUAGAUCCUUCAUGUCGCUAAGACGAGAAAACACGGUUCCUCCGCGAACGUUGUAUGGAGCGGCUACGAUGCGUCAGCCACGAAACUUCACGCCACCACAACAGCGGCGGAGUACCCAAGGCCACGCACAAAGAAGAGGAAGCCUCGGACAUCUAUACUCCUCCGAUAAAAAGCCACUUACAACUCGGAGCAAUAGUUUCAGUUUUGCUAAUGACGAUUUUAGUCCGACCAAGCUGGACUUUCAAUCGCUCAAGAAACGGUCAAGUUUACUGGGUGGCAAGUUUAAGUCCGGGAAUAAAGACCCCGAGGGUGUUGCCUGUAGCGAGAAGCACUCCAUAGUUAUGCUGGGAGCAGGAGGAGUAGGAAAGACAGCUUUGGUAGUUCGCUUCGUGACUGGCCGAUUUUUAAAUGAAUAUGAUCCAACAUUAGAGAUGGUUUAUGAGAAAUCCUUGCCGGUUGGUGACAGCAAUGUAUCACUGGACAUUCUGGACACUGCUAGCAAUGCUCAAGCUUCUUACAUAAGAAAUGGCGAAGGAUUCAUAGUGGUAUACUCGAUCACUGAUCAUUACAGUUUUGAAGUGGCAAGACAGCUUGUCAAACUCAUCAAAGAGGUGAGAAAGCCUGACGGGGAGUGCCAGGUCCCUGUUAUAUUGGUUGGUAACAAGAAAGAUCUCCGCCGAGGAAGAAGUGUUAGCAAAGAAGAAGCCAGGGAGACUGCAAGCGAGUUCUCCUGUUCGCAUUACGAGACUUCUGCUCUAACCAAUAAGAACGUUCAAAUCGUUUUUUUCAAUAUGGUGUUCCAGGUUAGAUUCACCAAAAAGUCUCGGCAAAAGAGCCAGGGAUCAUCGAGUAAUAAUGGAUUUCUGAGCUCAGUGCGUCAAUUGUUUAACCAUAGGAGAGGUAGUUUGCAGGGAUGGUGAAGGAAUCUACGAAUUUGUUAUUGACUAGGAGAAGAGUGGCUCAAGCGAGACUAAUUGUAUUUAUGUCGACCUUCAUUGGGGAACAUAGUACGGCUAGUUCAGUAACAAACUUAUCACGGAACCAAUGGCAAAGUCUAAAUAGGUAGGACAAUCACACAAUCAAAAAAGUUUUAGAAUUAUGUCUUAAUAAGACUAACAGGCGGUUACAGAGAACUGUUUGUGACUUUCCCCACUGAGGUGCGUAGUCGACAAAACUUUUCUCGUGUAGCCAUGUAAGCUUUUGCUUACGUGAAAAACAGGUUUCCUUCGAAAGAGUGGAAAAAAUUCAUCGGUUACAAAAACGUGGGUAACAUUCACCAGCCAGAAAGUCUCCUUUGGGACUGAUAUUGUGACAUUUCGAAGAUCGGCUGUAAAGGAGAUCACAGGUUAUAUCGAUAGAUAUGAAAACAUGGCAUGACAUGCGUAAAUAAAAAGUGCGCGAAUUCUUUUCAUACGUCUGUUGAUGGGGUGAUUUUUCAUUGAGGGUGACUUUACUGAACAGUGUCGAAAUUGCUUUUUCGUGAUAAUGAAUAAAGGAAAUGGUUGAUUCCGGGAAUAAAAAUCACAUUAAACUUGUA